AUGGCGGAUGGAGGUGGUGAGGAUAAGAAGAUGAAGGUGUUGGUGGCGGUAGAGGAGACCGAAGGGAGCUUAUAUGCGCUUUCAUGGGCACUCGAUAAUCUCUUCACGUCCGCCGGCGAUGUGCCGGACAAGACGGAAUCGCUGGGCAGACUCGUCCUUAUCCACGCGCAGCAGCCACUGCAGCACUUCAUGCACCCAGUUGGACCAUGCAUGACUGAUCCCCAUCACCGUUCUUUUUCUGUUCUUUUCGCCGUUUAUGCCACCUCGUCGGUGAUAGACUCCGUGAGAAGGGCGCAAGAGCAGAACUCACGCAAUUUGCUCGAGAGAGCGACGCAAGUCGAAGCGGAAAUGGUCAUCGUAGAUGGGGAUCCAAAGGAGAUCAUAUGCCAGUUCGCGGAACAAAUGCAAGCCGACCUCCUUGUGGUGGGGAGUCGCGGUCUAAGUAAGAUCAGGAGGUGA